AUGGAGUUUAAGCAUCCUCCCCAUGAUGUUGUAACAGAGUCUGGGGAUGGUUCAGAUGGAGAUGAGGAGGAUGGUGGCCAGGAUAUGGAGGUCACUUUCAAUACUGGUUUAGAGGAUAUAAGCAAGCAAAUUUUAGAGAAGAAGGAUAAGAAAUCAGAAACUGUCUGGGAGGCGUAUCUUAGGAAGAGAAGUGAGAAAAAGAAAGCCAAGAAAAAUAGAUCCAAGAGCUCAUCAGAGGAUGAUAGUAGUGAUUCUGAUUGA